CAUUUACAUAAAUCCGGUGCCAAUUCCCCUACACUCGCGUUCAUAAUCACGGGUUUUUCCAACAAAUUCGUCAUUCUAAUCCGAAUUUUUGCGUUUAAGGGGCCUCUUCAUCGACUAGAAGAAGCGCGGGGUAGGGUUCCUAAAUCGUUCAAUCUCCCUAUUUCCAUCAUCUCCACCCACCAUUCAAGAUCUUCCCGUAAAACAAUAAAACCCGAAAGAAGCCGAGAAAGAGAUAGACAGACUCCAACCCAAAACCCAUGGCCAAAGACAAGAAGAAACCCUCCUCCAAAGCCGCCCUCAAAGCAGCCAAAGCCGCGAAGCAAGAAAAAAAGGCCAGCAAAAGAGACAAGAAACAAUCCUCCAAAAACAAGGACAUAGACUCGGACGCCGAGUCCGUCGACCUCGACGCCGUCCUAGCCCAAUACGCCAAGGAGCAGGAGCAAUACCACGCCAUCACCGAAGUCCCUUCAGCACAACCACCCUCCGCCAGGACAUCCGCGACCCUGAUCGCAAACCCGGCCAACGAGAAUGAGCUCUUCCUGUUUGGAGGCGAGUACUUCAAUGGUGCUGUGGCGCAGUUCUACAACGACCUGUUUGUGUACAACAGCAAGCAGGAUGCGUGGAAGAAGGUGACGAGUCCGAAUUCGCCGCUUCCCAGGUCCGGACAUGCCUGGUGCCGGGCCGGCAACACAAAGGACAUCUAUCUCUUCGGUGGGGAGUUUAGUUCGCCCAAGCAAGGGACGUUUUACCACUACAACGAUUUCUGGAGACUGGACCCGGCGUCGAGAGAGUGGACGAGGAUUGAAGGGAAAGGGAAAGGUGCGGCAGCGGGGCCACCCGCGAGGAGCGGCCAUCGCAUGGUGGGGUUUAAGCAGUAUAUCAUCCUCUUCGGUGGGUUCCAGGACACGUCCGCCACGACAAAGUACCUCAAUGACCUGUGGAUCUACGACUGCGUCAACUUCGCAUGGCACGCGCCGAAGCUGCCGUCGGCCAGGGCAGUGCCCGACGCGCGCUCCAGCUUUACUUUUCUCCCGCAUGACCAAGGCGCGGUGCUGUAUGGCGGCUACUCGCGAGUCAAAGCAACGGCUGCCAUGAACAAGCAGCAGCAACAGCAGCAGCGGGGCAAGAAGGGCGGCAGCGGCGGAGGAGGGGGAGGCGGAGGCAGUUCGCGCGUCGUCCUGAAACCAAAAGUCCACGAGGACACAUGGUUCCUGCGCAUCGUACCUCCGGCGUCUGAGGCCCCGUCUACCGCCCUCCCAACCGUCUCGUGGGAACGUCGAAAGAGACCAGCAAACCCGCCCAAUCCACCCCGUGCAGGAGCGACGAUGGCGUUCCACAAGGGAAGAGGCAUCAUGUUUGGCGGCGUCCACGACGUCGAGGAGAGCGAAGAAGGGAUCGACUCGGAGUUCUUCAAUCAACUCUUCGUAUGGAACAUUGAGCGGAAUCGAUUCAUGCCAUUGACGCUGCGACGACCCAAGGCCAAUGCCAACAAGCGCGCCGCGCAACAAGCGAACUUGAGUCGUCGCGAACGUGGGAGAGCAGACGAAGAAGAACUCCUAGCCAACUUGAAAGCUCUGGAGAUGAAGGCUGGUGGUGGCGCUGCCGACGACAUCGCGGAGGCUAUUCCCACGGCUGAUGGCGAUGAUGACGGGAAAGACGAAGCAAGACCUGAGAAGCCUCGCCUCUAUGAAUUCCCGCACCCGCGCUUCAACGCAGCGCUCGCCGUGCAAGGGGACACGCUCUACAUCUACGGCGGCACCUUCGAGAAGGGCGACCGAGAGUUUACUUUCGAUGAGUUGUGGUCCCUGAAUUUGAACCAUCUUGACGGCGUCGUGGAGGUCUUUAAACGCGAGCUAGAAGAUUGGCAAGGAAGUGAGGAUGAAGCUGAGUCCGAGGAGGAAGAAGGGGAAGAGGAAGAGGACGAAGAAUCCGAAGACGACGAGCAGGACGAGGACAAGACGGAUGCACGAUCCACGUCUACGGCACCUACCAGUGUCUCUGGGAAGGAAACUGUUGACGAAGAUAUGGGUACCACGGAGGAGAUAUCCGCUCUUACAGACACAUUGCCGCACCCGCGGCCGUUUGAGAGUUUGCGUGACUUUUACGCCCGCACAUCGGAGCAAUGGCAGAAUAUUGUGGUGGACGAGCUUAGCAAGGUAGCAAAGGGGACGGAGAAGACGCCAAAGGAGAUCAAGAAGCUAGCGUUUGACAGGGCGGAGGAGAAAUGGUGGGAUUGCAGGGAGGAGAUCCGAGCGCUGGAGGAUGAGCAGGAGGCUGCGGGUAUUGGAGAGGUGGUUAGUCUGGCGGAUAAGGCGGGUGGUGAAGCAGGUGGAACAGGACGGAGGAGAUAGUCUGCGCAGUUGAUGGAUUAAGUGGCAUACUUGCAUAGAACAACAAUGCAUUCGAAGCACUACUACCUAAGUAAUGACGAUAUAACCCACCUACUUACUCUAGGUUACACAUAUCCAGAUUGCAGACUGUAGAGUUGAUUCUACUUUGUUCCCGGAGGCA